GGAAGCCUCUGUUCUCAACCAAGGAAUCUUCGGACAGUAGGUGUUGAAAGUCUUUCGACCGGGCCGCGCCCACUCCCGACCUACCUCGAGAUUGGGCGCGUCGGCCGCCAAGAAGAUGCAUACGGCUCGGUCGUAAGCCUGUGAUGGCAUGAGCGUAGCCAGCAUCGAUGGCGUCAUGUCCAGCACGUGGCAUGUCGUGGCCAUAUCGGGGAAGGUCAAGGGCGAGGCCGUGACGACGGUCCGACCUUUGGUCAGCUUGCUCCAAACGACGGCCGCACAGGCAUCAAAAGCCACGGAAAAAGCCAACAAAGGCAGUGACAAGGUCGUGGAUGGCUCGGUGGUACACCAUAAUCCCUUUUGGCUUGCCCGUGGUCCCCGAUGUAAAAGUGAUCCACGAGAGUAGGUCUUGUUUGGACUCGCGUCGCCAGGCUAUCAGCUCCAGCAGUUAGCGCUCUCGCCUUCGUUAUGGGAGACCAAAGCUAUUGUUUUUGGAAGUGGAUGCUACGCUCGGGAAGGACCAGUCCUGGGAUCC